CCCCUCGGGGCCGGUUUCCACCCGGAGCGCUUUGGCGACGGGGCGGGGCGGGGGUGGCGAUGUCGCGGCUGCACCGGAGCCGGAUCGCGGACUUCCAGGAGGUGCUCGGCGAACCCACGGUGGCGCUGGGCAAGCUCCGACACCUCUGCUUCAGCGGAAUCCCCUUUGACGGUGGGCUGCGCUGCCUCUGCUGGAAGAUACUUCUGAACUACCUCCCUUUAGAGAAAGCCUUAUGGAGCUCUUUGCUGAAGAAACAGAGGGAUCUGUAUUCCCAGUUCUUAAAGGAAAUGAUUAUCCAGCCUGGGAUCGCCAAAGCCAACCUGGGUGUUUCAAGGGAAGACGUGACCUUAGAAGAUCACCCUCUCAAUCCAAACCCAGACAGUCGAUGGAAUACUUACUUCAAGGAUAAUGAAGUGCUUCUCCAGAUAGACAAAGACGUCAGGAGGCUGUACCCCGACAUGGCAUUCUUCCAGCGCCCAACAGACUACCCCUGCCUUUUAAUCCUGGACCCCCAAAACGAGUUUGAGACGCUGCGCAAGCGAGUGGAGCAGACCACGCUCAAGUCACAGACGGUGGCGCGAAACCGCAGCGGGGUUACAAAUGUGAGCUCCCCUCUUAAAACAACUCCUAAUUCUCUGAACGAGUAUGAAGUUCUGCCCAACGGCUGCGAAGCUCACUGGGAGGUGGUGGAGCGGAUCCUGUUCAUCUAUGCCAAGCUGAACCCUGGGAUAGCGUACGUUCAGGGGAUGAAUGAAAUUGUGGGGCCUCUGUACUACACUUUUGCUACAGAUCCUAACAGCGAAUGGAAAGAACAUGCUGAAGCAGACACUUUUUUCUGCUUUACCAACCUAAUGGCUGAAAUUCGGGACAACUUCAUUAAGAGCCUGGAUGAUUCUCAGUGUGGUAUUACCUACAAAAUGGAGAAAGUCUACUCCACUCUGAAGGAAAAAGAUGUGGAGCUCUAUUUGAAACUGCAAGAACAGAACAUCAAACCCCAGUUCUUUGCCUUCCGCUGGCUGACGCUGCUCUUGUCCCAAGAGUUCCUGCUGCCAGACGUCAUCCGCAUCUGGGACUCCCUCUUUGCUGACGAUAAGCGCUUUGAUUUUCUCCUGCUCGUCUGUUGUGCCAUGUUGACACUAAUCCGGGAUCAGUUGCUGGAAGGAGACUUCACUCUGAACAUGAGGCUGCUACAGGAUUAUCCUAUCUCUGACGUUCAUCUGAUUCUGAAGAAGGCAAAGGAACUUCAAGAUUCCAAGUAGUCCCUGAGCCCAACAGAAGGUGUCAGAGAAACUGUAUGGCAGCAGAUCCCAGGAGAUGCCCCCACGCAGUGGUGAGGCAUUAAAGCUCCUCGUGGUCUCUGCAGGGCUUCAGGUUUAGUGUUUGGGCUCCAGGCCACCUUGAAGACUUCCUUCUACUCUAUUUAUUAGGUCAAGCAAGGACUGAUUACUUCCCCAUCUUUUUGGGUCCUGCACUCCAGGUUUUUUCAAGUCUCAAAUGCCUCUGUGCUGCUAAAAGCAGUUCUUUGUAUCUUUUUUUAAUGACACUAAGUUUGAGGAGAAAGAAACUGUCUGCAUAUCCCUGAAGGAAUGGACUACUGUAUUGUGGAAGUAACCCACGGACUAUCUUCUGAUGAGGAAGGGACCAUCUGAGUCCAAGUGGAUUUUGGUGGGCAACUAUGGAAGGAUCUUCCUCCUGUGAAUAGAAUGUAUCCCAAUGAAGUCACACAUCCUGCUCUUCAAGUAGUUUCUGGAUUCUUCUCCUUCUCUGCACUUUGUCAACCCCCAGGUGUGCAAAGAAGAUGAUCGGAACAGCUUCUUGUGACCGUCAUCUGAUAUCUGGGAGUUUGGACCCCUUUGCCUGGGAAAAAGACCUUGAGAAGCUGAGACAGGAGUACACGAUAACAGCUGGCAGCUUUGUGCACAGAAACUGCCUGAAUCCGGAAUUGCCUUAUCAACAAGGUCUCCUUGGAAGCAAGACUGUGGUGGUUUUAAUCAAUGAGUGAAGCGCAGUUUGAAGUCAAGUCUUACUACGCACAGCCUUAGAGCAGGAGCUUGUUGCCGCAGGGAGGCCUCGUGCUGCUUUCUCGGCUCUGAACUGGAGCAUAUCCAGCUACAGUCAGGAUGCUGAAAUACAAGGAAUGGGCAUAUAGUGAUGUGCAAUGAAGACCGCUGUGUUUAGGGGUUUAUACAGGCACGGCACCAGGAUUUCUGCCUCAGUGGCUUGUGUGACACUACCCUGCAUAAACUCUGGUCACGGUAACCUCGAUGUUGUCUCACAGUCCUUGCUAAGUGAGACUACAAGUGAGAGUUUCUGGUACAAUCCAGUGGGCAUAAGAACAUUUUGGUCAUUAGUUGGCUGCUGGGGCUGAUCCAUUUCUCUGUGUACCGGUUCUGUACCUGAGCUGGAAACUUGUCCCUCCUGAGAGGGAAACAGCUGCAUUUCAAACACAGGCUUCGGUGGGCACCGACUGGGACAAACCUCAAAGAGAACUGUUAACCUGCCAGCAGUGUAACGCUGAUCGGAAACUGUAAUCCUCAGAGGGAGAACUGCCAGCACCCGCGUGCUGCAGAAGCUCUGAACACUAAUCCGGCGUGCUUUUCCCUUUCUCUCUGUGCUCUGCUGGCUCCCCUCUGCGUAGCUGUUUGACACUGCAGAUUUUGGUAUUUAUGGGUAUUGAUUUGUUAAAGGUCAGUUUUCUUUGUAAGAGCUGCUUAAGCUGCUGGUGGCCCAGAAUCGCCCUGGCAGGAGGGGGGUUGUCAGCCUUCAGCUUUUUUACUAAUGUUUUCUUCCCUGAAGGCCGGUUCUUUACGGGCUACUGAAUUCUCGCAAGGGUGGAUGGGGAGACCAGAGCACAGAUUGAUGCGUGACUUUAUGUUUCUAUUGGCAAUCCCAAGCAAUUUCUGCCUCUUCAGAAGAUGCUCGAGUGACACUGGUGCAGCCAGGCUUUGCUGCUGUGGUGGAGCAAGAGCAACUGAUGACUUAAAGCAAUCUGUAAUUAAUACCGGUGGCUGACAGCGUCCCUUUCUGCUGCAAUCCUUUCUGGAGGAUAGAGUUUUCCCCUAAGAAAUGUGGCACCAGGACAUCUGUGUGAUGGAUCAUCUUGUCUGCUCUGAUCACCGGGCACAUGUUCUUCUUGCUGUCCUUAAGCCCUUUUGGGUGGUCCUAUGGUCUCAGCUCUUGGGUGCCCUGCCAGUAGUCAGUAUGGCCAAAUGGCCAAUGGGUUGGCACAAAGGUAGAACCAGGGCAUCAACCUCUUAGGCAGAAUUGGACCUCCUCCAAACACAGCUGCCUCAGAAUCGCUCUAAAUACUGCUGUAGCGCUCUCACAUUCCACGUACAAGCUCUGCUCUCACCUCCCCAAAUACCUUGGCUGUCCAUUUCAGGUCUCUAUUCAUUUCAGAUCUCCCUGGCAAGUGCAGGGUUGCCUUACGCUGUGUUUUCUCACUGGUAACAGCACCAUCCAUGAGGGUGGCAUCUCCUUAACAUCACCUGAGAAGGCAGCAGGCAAAUUGGCAUUAAAGCAUUACUUGUAGAUGAACUUUGCUUGUUUUCAGAGUAGCGCUGGGGCCCUGAGGUUGACCUCCUGCUCCAAGUCCGGUGCUUUGGGGACCUUUGUGGCUUUGCCAGUGAUGUAGAAGCAAAAGGGUAACAGAGAUGGAGUUGGUGGUGGCCACUCAGAACACUGAUGGUGAGUUUGUAUUUUAUGACCUAACCUGGAGUUAUUCACAGUUUGACAGUGAGCAGAAUGGAGGCUGGAGGUGGCUUUGGGGAGCCUGGGGUGUCUGGGAACACCCAGGCUGGUGGGAGCGGGGACUGUGCUGAGGGGACCUGCAGCGCUGUGGGGCCGAGCCUGCCUCCCUGUUUUGCCCUCACUGAGCUUUUCGCUGUCCCGUUUAAUGCUGGUUGAUGCCGCUCUCCUGUUAAGACACUGUUCCGUUUGAUGCUGUUAAACAUGGUUCUCCCAUUAAACACAGCUUUCCUAUUUAACACUGUUAAACAUCGCUCUCCCGUUUAACGCUGACGCUGUUAAACGCAGCUCUCCCAUCUCCCGUUAAACACCAUUCUCCCGAUUGACCCUGUUUAAUGCAGCUCUCCUGUCUGAUGCCAUUGAAUGUGGCUUCCCCGUUAAACACCAUUCUCCCAUUUGACCCCAUUUAUGGCUCUCCCAUUUGAUUCUGUUAAACGUGGCUUUCCCCAUUAAACACUGCUGUCCCAUUUAACCACAUUUAAUAUGACUCCCUUGUUAAACACAGCUCUCACGUUUAACGCAGUCCCCCUGUUUAACACUGCUCUCCCAUAAAACGCUGUUUGACGCCACUCCCCGUUUGAUGCAGCUCUCCCUUUUAAUGCCAUUAAACGCAGCUCUCCCGUUAGAUGUGGCUCUCCCGUUUGACACCAUUUGAUGUGACUCUACCGUUUAAUGUCAUUAAGCGCUGUUCACAGGUUAAACACCGUUCUCCCAUUCCACGCUGUUAAAUGUGGCUCUUCCAUUAGAUGCAGCUUUCCUGUUUGACCCUGUUUACACGCAACUUUCCCGUUUAACACCAUUAAACACGUCUCUCCCGUUAAACCCCACAUAACGUGCCUCUCCCAUUUGAUGCAGUUAAAUGUUAGCUUCCCUGUUAAACACCAUUCUCCUAUUUUACGCCGUUUAACGGGGCUCCCCUGUUAAACGUGGCCCUCCUGUUUAAAUCAGUUCUGCUGGUUAGCGUGGCUCUCCCGUUAAACGCUGUUUGAUGCUGCUCCCUGUUUGAUGUGGCAGCCGGUAAAUGCUGUUCACCUGUUAAAACACUGUUUUCCUGUUUGAAGCUGUUAAACACGGCUCCCCUGUUAAACACCAUGCUCCCGUUUGACGUUAAAUGCUGCUCCCCCAUUAAACAAACGUUUUCUCCUGUUUGACACCAUUCUCCUGUUUGACACCAUUCUCCCAUUUGAUGCCAUUAAACAUG